AAAAAAACGUCACUGUAGGUAAGGAGCCCAUCAAAUUCAGUGAAGUGCGAUGUUUCAAGUUUGACAGUGAACUUCCAAAUUCUAUGUUCAUAAAACACAACCUUAACGGAGAAUUUAUUGAAGUAAAUGUGGGUAAAAGGGGAUCUAGACUAGGAGACCAACGAAUCUUGAAUAAUCUGAGACCAAAAUACGAUGUCCGUGUAGCACUGAAUGUCAAGAAGAUCCAGGAUCUGAAAAAGCUCUUAAAAUACAUACCACCCGUCAGUCAGCAGUUUUUUGUAGAUAUUGUGGGAGAUGCUAUUGCAGCAGAGUCGGAGAAUGAACAGACAGAAGGAGAAGAGGGAGUUGAGAACCUAGAUGGUGAUGAAGAAGCGGCGGAUAUUGAAUAA